AUGGACGACCUAGAACUUUUAGUUGUUUGUCGGAGCUGCAUUGUACUGCAUUUGGAUAAGAACAAUUUUUGUCCAAUAUGUCGAGAAGACAUUCAAAACAGCAAAGUUCUCAAGCCCGAUAAAGCAUUACAAGACAUUGUGUACAAAUUAGUCCCGGGACUAUACCAUUCAGAAAUGAAACGUAGACAAGAAUUUUAUAAAAAACACCCUCACAGAGACAUGCAUUUACAACCGGAAUGUCGUGGUGUUAGCGUCGAUCGAAUCGUAUAUACGGCUGAUGAAUUAAUUAGCCUGUCGUUGGAAUACUACGAUAAAGAAUGUGAAGAAGAAAUGUGGAAAAAUGUCACGGAUGACAAAGGAUUACAUUACAAAGUGAGAACCGACAAGCCACAGAGAUCUAUUAUGAGGAAACGGUAUUUGAAGUGUCCUGCAGCCGUUAGAAUGUCGCACCUCAAAAAAUUUAUUCGAUUGAAGUAUAACCUAAAACCUUGGGACAAGGUUGAAUUGCUGUACAGAAGAGAAAGCCUACCUGAAGAGUAUUCGAUAAUGGAUAUCGCGUAUAUCUACACAUGGAACAGAAACGAACCUAUGCGAUUCUUUUACAAAAUUAAUGCUCGUAUGAUGGUACCCGUAAUAUUGUCGACAGAUAAAUGUAGUACAGCGUUAACAGAUGCCAUAACCACAGAAUCCGAAUUAUCACCGGUAUCUAACACUGCUGUGGAAACUACGCCAUUACCAUCACAAAUUAACGGGUCAAAUCUUUCAUUGAUGGUCGAAACGACUGAAGAAGAUAAGAAAAAAACUAUACCGCAAACUUUGAAAGUAUCCAUUGCCGAAGAACCAAUAAAAGUUGAGGGAGAACAACAGUCCAAAGCAGAAUCAACCCUAAAUGAAUCGACGUCAAUAAUCGCCAAAACAGAUUUAUCAAAAAAAGAUAGUCGAUCGUCUCCUCCACCAAUAGUACCACUGAACCCUCCAAUAUCGCCGGAAGGUAGUUCGAGAAAGGAAAAUGUUUCAGAUAACGUCAGGAACAAUUGUUCCAAUGAACUAUCGAAACCAAACUCCACAGUGAAUAUGACGAUGGAAGAGAAUAAAUCUGUCGAUAUCGUUGAACAUCAACAAACCGGUAGUACAACCACCGAAAUACCGAUGAAGAAGCUGGAAAAACUGGUUGACCAGCAGCCAAUACCACAGGAUACUGUUCCUAGUAAUUCCCCACCUUCUACUCUGCCAGUGCCAAAAAAGCAUAGUGGUGUCGGAGAAUCCAAGCUCAAUCUCUCUAUUACAAAACUUAUCAUGAAGAACAAAAAUGCCUCCGCUGCUGCCAAAUUUGUUCCUACUUUACAGCAGAUGCAACAAAUCGGUAUGCAUACAUCCAUACCUAGCUUUCAACUACCACACAGGCCUGUACAGCCGAACGCUUGUGUUCGGCCCGGAUUCCCUGGUAUGCAUCCGUUUAAAAGGACUCCAGAGACGGUGCCUCCUCGGAGCCAAGCUUCCACCAAUCGCCCACCUUUUAUACCAGUGCGUAAGUCCUACGAGUGGAAUAAGGCCAGAAGUUUGGCGGCCAAACCACUACCGUCUCCUGUACCAACUGCUGUGAAAGACAAUAAGAUGAACGAGAAGCCUACGAUGGUGGUCGAAAAUCCAACCAAAAAAUUGAUGGCUGAUAAACCUCCACCUCCAACAACUACUGUUAAUAGUUGUAUGUCGCCGAAAAAUUUGGACGAAAUGAACGCAGCGCAAAGUUUAUUAAAAGUUGGCCAAGAUUUGCGGCUCUUGAAGCCGCCGACUGUCACCGACUUGCACGAUAAGUACAAUUGUGAAUCGUCGUUACAGAUCACCAAAGUCACAGAGCCAGAGACUAAUCAACUUCCGGCCGCACACGAAAAUCACUCGAACUCUCAGCCGAGCCUACAGAUAAUGCGAGUGCCAACGGCCACAGAAAAAUUAACGAAACCUGCAAUUACUACAGAAAUUAGUAAUUGUAACAACAGUGGCAAUACUGUAGUUGUGCCUAGCAAACCAGUUAAUAAGAAACCCGUACCAAACUUGUACAGUAUGCCAACUAAACGGAUGAAGGAAGACCCACAUAUGCAACACAACAAUGUUACAGAUAAUAAUCGUAUAGAGAGGCGCGUAGAUACGGAAAAUGGUGUUCUUAGUGUGUCGCUCUUAACUGAGACUUCUAAACAAGACAUGGAUGCCAAGCGUCGUGAAGUUGUGCAACCGGACGUGUCUAUCAAGCUGAUGACGUUCGCUACCGAAUCUGUGAAGAAGGCGCCAGAACUAAGUCCAAUUACUAGCGUUGGGUGUAACAACAAGAAAAAAUUGGAUGAAUUGAAUCCUAUCGCCGGUAAUGGUACUAACAACAAAAGGAAAUUGGAUGAAUCGAAUCCUACCACUAAUGGUGGUACCAACAACAAAAGAAAAUUCGAUGAAUCAAAUCCCAAUGUUGACAGUAGCAUUACCAACAAGAGAAAAUUAGAUGAGUUGAAUCCCGUUGUAGGCAGUGGUGCUAACAACAAGAGGAAAUUUGAUGAACCAAGUCCCAUCGUUGGCGGUAGCGUCAACAAGAGGAAACAGGAAGACCCUGAACGUAAGGCGACGCCUCCGAGACUGGGACUGAAUAAAGAUGACGUGCCGCAGUUGAUUGAAAUCAACUCGUCACCUUAUGGUAAACUGUUGCCUUCCAAAAAACAGCAACCGGCCUCGAAACAGCUACAAGCAUCGAAACAGCAAUCGGUUACGAAACAGCAACCGGUUACAAAACAACAACCUGUUACUAAACAGCAACCUGUUACAAAACAACAAUCUGCCAUGAAACAGCAACCUACCUCAAAACUUCAACCGGUGAGCAAAGUUUUGGAUUUGUCUAAGUCUCCGCCAAAUGGUGGUGUAAAAAGAUUAGCGGCUCCUGACGUUUCGGGCAACUGUUCUUUACCCAACACGAAAAAAUCAACGAGUCCUGGGCAAAUGGUACAGUCUCCUAUUGCCACAACUGCUUCGGCGGCCAUAAACUCUAACCUGUUGUUCGCGGCCCAGAGACAGGCUGCCGCAUUCCUAUUGAAACAACAUUUCGAGACAUUAAACAAUGGACUGAUGCGUAACGGCGGAAAAGGACCCGUAGAAUGGCCUCGAGCUAUGUUUAAUCCUGCGUUGUUCGCCAGGCCACCUACCAACCUAAACAAUUGAACGGGGACCUUUCAUGAGCUAUUAUUAUUAUUAUUAUUAUUAUUAUUAUUGCUGUCGUUUCUUCAUUAUCUUCAUUUUCUUUUUUGAUAACGCGUAGUGUACCUAUAAUUAGCUUAGUUAUUACUUAUACUAUUGAAUAGUAGUUAUUAUUUAAUGUUAGUUUAUACAGUAUGUCCAAUAUGAAUUAUUAUUUUUUUAUUCGUUAUUACUAAUAUUUAAUUUCCUUUUUUGUUAACGAGUUCGGUAUGUUAUGUCUAAGCUCAAAUGUAAAAUUCUUUUUUUUUCAUGUAUAUAAACUGUACAAACAAGACACACAUGUGAAAAAAUGAUGAUGGCACUACAUCAUAAUGCUAUUAUUUACACUAUUAUAUUAAUAGCAGACUGGUACCCUAUAUUAAUCGCAUUAUAUUUUUUUAUAAUAUGUACAUUUACAAAAAUUACACCAUAUAUGUUGCUUUAACAAUUAAAAUUUUG